AUGAAAUUUGCAAUCGACGAGUACUUGGAGACAGUAAAUCACAAACUCAACUACAAGCCACCUGUACCACACUUUGGUUUCUUUAUGCGCAAUACCCUGGUCACGCAAUUCCCAGCUAUGCGUGUCAAUGUCGAUCCACCGCAGGACGUCAACAGUGCGCCGUUGAUACUACGACACGAUAUCAUUGGGAACGACAUGCUUCUUGGCUUUCUUGGCGAUUUACCUGAGCCAAAUGGUGUCCUAAAAGCUUUGACGAUUACUUUGCUGCCUCAUCAGCAAUUCUUAUCUGCUGGAGUGCAUGCCAAUGCCUCUGAUAUUGUUAUGAACUACAAUCUAGACCGUGCUUUGAACACAAAUGCGAACAAGAAAAGUUUCGAUGAAAAGGCGACUCCAGUGAUGAUGGCAAUACAGCUCAAUGCGCCAGCUUGGCAACUGGCUAUGAAUGUACCUGGAAUCGAACCGGUUAGUCAUCUGCCCACUCUCCCCGGCUCGAUCAUGCCACUGUCGACGUCCGAGAUCACGCCGUGGCCAGAUAAAAUCGCCAUACCAAACAGCCCUGAUUUGGGCUAUGUACGGUGCAGGCUGGAAUCAUCCUAUGACUUCGCCUCAAUACAAGCCGCUACUCCCCUAUGAGCUUUUCAUGGAAUCAGAAAUUGAGGAGCAGAAACGUAGAAUUGCCGCUACGGAUCAUAG